CGACGUAUAUGAUCAUUCGGAUAAAAUGGCGCUAGUGGACCUUGGACGUAUGUUUUAACAAGAAAGGAGUAUCCUAAACUAUACGCUUUUGGUCGUUGACAUCCGAUGAUCACUGGUCAAGAAAACAUGGAGGACAUCACCUCCAGCAGUGAAUCUGGCAACUAUAGCAGUCAGGAUUUGAGAUCCUCUGGUGUUAAAAUGGUACCCAGAUCUAGAGCACACAGUGCCCCAACAAGGAAAAUUCUUCAGCCUGGAAAAGAUCAUGCUGAAGAUAGAUUGUCAUGUUCUAGUCCUGUGAUCCAAUAUUCUGAGCCAAUAAUUGUAGGUCUAGAACAGCUCACUAGAAUUGACAUCCAUAUAAAUAGAAAUAUAAGUUCUGCAGCAAAUAAUUCUCAAUUUAAUAAAGUGCUUCCCCCUGUGCAAGAUGAUUUCAAAUCUAACUCUGUUUUUAUUGAUAAAAUCAGUAACAAAGUGUUUGACACGGGAAAAAGCUACAGUCAUUCUGCUGAUGGCUACUUGGCAAAUAAUGCCGAAACAAUGCCUGCUUUAGACCAACUAAAGGAAAGUGAUCUACCUUUACCAUCACUGCCCUUUGAAAUCAUAGAUAAUAGUGAUGGCAGGCAAGUUGAGGAUGAAGAAGGGAUGGAGGUGGAUGUUGAUCAUGAGCGACUGGAGCAAGGAACUUCAGAAGAAAGCGAACAAGUAACCGCGAAAGUACCAGUAACAAAAUUUAGACCAGGUUUUACAGUGUAUGGAACUAAAGAUGCCUUGGUUGACAUGGUGCUGCAGAUGAUUAACCUUCCUGAUGAGGAAACAGGAAUCUUUGUUGAUAAGAGCCUAUGGUUUCUAAGUUCAGAAGAUCGAAGAGAAGUCAUCAGAAAGAAAGUGUUGGGACGAGGUACCUUUGGAAAAGUUAACUUGUAUGUGCACGAUGAGACUGACUAUGUUGUCAAACAGAUUACCAGUGAUUUCCAAAGAAAUGAAAUUGUGUUGACGGCCAAGCUGAACAGUCCGUACAUAAUCCAGUGUUAUGGAAUGGUGGUCCGGAACAAGAUUCCUGAAAUCAUUAUGGAGUAUGGAGGUCAGUCCAUGUUACAAAUGGCAAGACUGAGGAAGUUUCAGGAUCGUGAUAUAUGGGACCUCACCUACCAGGGAUUGUGUGGCCUAGAAUAUCUGGAGGAGUGCCAAAUUUGUCACCAUGAUAUAAAACCUGAAAACCUACUACUGAUGGUUGAUGAGAACCAGUUUCUCCUGAAGAUUGCUGACUUUGGCGCCGCAAAAAUGAUAGGAGAGAAGAAUGACAUGGUUGGGUGGACUGUGGAAUAUCUCAGUCCGGAGCGAGCUUGGAUGGUUCUUCUGUCCAAGUUUCCUCAUCAGCUAAAGCCAACUGGACAAGAAGAAAGUGAUCUUACUGGGAAAGUAGACAUAUUUGCCAUGGCGUUAACAAUGAUGUACGCUUAUGAGAAGUCGCAUGUGCUGAUAAAAUACGCCACAAAUGGAGACAAUAUUUACCGUGAUGCUGAGAAGCAAUCAGAGUUUCAAGUGAAUCUUCUAGUUGAUCUCUGCUCUAAUCUGGAUCUUGCACUGAGUUUAAUGCCUAAAUCUGUGAGUACAGACAUGAGAUUUGUUCUGAACAAAAUGCUGCAGGGAGAUGUCAAUAAGAGGUGCAAUGCUACGGAGGGCAAAAACUGGAUGAAUUUUCUGUCCAAUCUGGCAAUUCAACAAAGAGACAAGGGGUUGAAAAUUCAGGCGCUUGACAAGUCGACAGAAGUUUGUACAGCCCAGACACUAACAAAGCCUAGUGUUAAACCCACCACCACAGCCACCAGGAAGUGUACACCACAUGUGGGGAAGCCGUCUCCACCAGCAGGAACUACAGCUCAACAACCAACAGGAGAGGAAAAGGGCUGGGUCAAGGAUUGUAAAACCGCAACCAUGGAGAGCAUGGCAAACCUGCCGUCAGGCCUGAAGACGCGGAUGGUGAAGAGGAAAUUGUUGAAUAAAUUGUCCACAUGUAAAAAGAUAAAAACAGAUCACCCCAGGAAGGAGCAAGAUCGUGAAAGUAUUGACACAAAUGGUGUUUCCUCUCCUGGAGGAGCUGUGAGAGCAGAGUCUCCAGAUGUUAUUGUGAUAGAUGACGAUACCGAGGAGGACCAACAGAAAGAAAUUCCAGAAAGUGAGGGACAAGAUUCAGAAGCCGGAAAUGGAAACAUUCCAAACUUCCUUUUGGAUAUGAACUUUUAAUCAUAUUAUAUAUAUUAUCCUGCAUAUUGUGAUAGACUGAGAUCUGAUUUAUUUGCUUAAAUGCCUGAUUUGAUGAACAAACAGCCAACCUCAGGACAAUCUUUUAUCCUGAACUGGCAUUAGCGUUGUCUGAAUACACCCAUCACAUAUAUUUUGCUGUAUUAUAUGUACUCAAUGUAUGUUAAUUCUAUUAUAUAUAUUAUAUUUAUCUUGAAUAUAGACAUACCUGGUAUACUAUAAUCUAGUGCUUUUAAUGAAAAUCCAGAUAUGGGUUGUUUCGAUGUUCAUUUACAGUCUAAACACAUCAAAAGUUUUCUCUCCGUAAAGUGCUAUUCAAAUGUAUUUAAUGUACAUUAUUGAAUAUACAAAAGAAACCUUUAAGUUCCUAAUAUGAAAUAUUUUAGCAUUGUUUUACUAAUCUCUGAUAAUGAGUAAUCUUGAUUAGUUUCUACGAGGAAAAUUUGGCUUCAAAAUUUUGCUGACAUGUUAGACUGUAAACAAAUUAAGUAUGAUCAUGCAUAAAAAUGGUUCAAAAGCAAGUAAAUUCCUUAUACAGUAAAACUCAGAGAAGUUGAAGUCAACGGGACCAAGCAAAAUAUUCGACUUAUCCGUGUCAGUUUGUAAACGGAGACAAAAUACCCGAGUAUCAUCGGCUGUAUGCUUGACAAGUGCUUGAUAACAUGGUCGAAAAUGAACAAUAAAUAAUAACAAAGAAAUUAAUUGUACAAUUGUACUAACCGCAGUUAGUUUUUAUCGGCUGCAUGACCAUGCAUUGCCACAUGUUUUUUUGUACAGAAUAAAAUCACGUAUAUUAUUGUUACUGUUUCAUCGGUGUAUUCAGAAUUUAGGCAUAGAUAAAUAAAUCAAUGACAGACAAGUAUUUUUUGUGUCCAUUUUGCGGGUGGAAGAUUUGUAAUUUAUCGUUUAUUUUUUCCUGAUAUUUUUCCGCAGUCAGUGUAUCAAAACAGUAGGUCAUGUUGUUAUGGUUUGUAGACUAAAACUUGUACAUUUUAUUCUAAGUUAUGUAUACCCUUACGAUUUACUUCACCAGUGCACCUGUAUAAACAAUGGGAUGAGACAGCCUGAAACUAACAAUAGGCUCUGGUAACACUGUUACGACUGAUCGGUCACACUCCGUCAAUCAAGCCAAUGUCAGCAAAUUUUACCUGAGAAAGCAUGACGCCUUUGAUGUUCGACACAAAAAUGGAAAUUUUGGUAUAGUUUAGAAGGGAUACAGGGACCACAAAAUGUAUUUGACACAACCACAGUAUUUGAUUCAACAGUGUUCAAAUCAUACAUGUUUAAUUCACUAAGAUAAAGAAGGGAAAAAAUCGGGAACGAACGAAACAUUCGAAUCAUCCAAUGUAUUUGAUUCAAGCGUGUUCGACAAAAGUGAGUUUUACUGUACAUAUAUAUGUAUAUAAUAAAAGUUGUAUUUAUUUUAA